AUGAGCAGAAGGGAUGAGUUUUGUAUCUCUGACCAGACCUGCUUGUGCCCAGUGGCGAGCAAGGAGUACCUGCAGACCACCAAGAUCCCUACCUAUCACUUUCAGGAUUCGCUCCCUCGGCUGCCCAUUCCCGAGUUGAAGGACACGUCACAUCGGUUCCUCGAGUCCGCGCGGCCGCUCGUCAGUCCCAGCGAGCUGAACGUCACUCAGAAAGUGCUGAAUGAGUUUGUUGGCGGGGCAGGGAAGCAGCUGCAAGAUGCCAUAGUGGAGAGAGAGAAGAAGCGAUACUCGAGCUUCAUCACGCAGCCAUGGUUCGACAUGUACCUUGAGAACAGAUCUCCCCUCCCCCUCAACAUCAACCCUCAGCUCACUCUCUUGGACGAUCCCUUGCCCGACAAGAACGAUCAGGCGUGCAGAGCUGCGAUCCUCACGUGGUCGUCUGCUCGAUUCUUCCGCACUCUCAUGGAUGGGCACCUGAUGCCUGACAUGUUCCACACGCAGAAGUGUAUGGGGGGAACCGGCACGGGUUUCUUCCAGUUCUUGAACGGCAAGGGUGGUAGUCCCCAAUUUGAAACAGUCUGUGCGAUGACUCCGAGAAAUCUAGCAUUCUACGCUGCCUACAUCUAUGGGACUUACCCGUUGGACAUGUCGCAGUAUCAGAACUUGUUUCAGUCCACUCGCGUUCCAAUGCCAGGAAAAGACAAGCUGAUCAAGUAUGAUAAGUCCAGGCAUGUCGUGAUCCAGCGAGGGACUGAGUUUUGGUCUCUGGAUGUUUUGGACGAGAAUGGCAAUGUGAUAUCAGCAGAUCAAAUUCUCAGUGGAAUACAGCACAUCCUCUCUACGCCCGUCAAGUAUGAGAACCCCAGUGUUGGGAUCUUGACCACGAUGGACAGGAAUGAAUGGGCUGCGGCCAGAAGCAAGAUAAUAGAGUCCAGCGCUAAUGCAGAGAGUCUCGAGGCGAUUGACAGCGCCAUGUUUGUGAUCUGCUUGGAGGACCACGUACCAGUCGAUUACGUCGAUCAGCAGAACUCUUUCCUGCACGGUUCUGCGAAGAACAGAUGGUUCGACAAGAGCUUUCAGAUGAUCGUUCAGCCCAAUGGAAGGGCUGGAAUCAAUUUCGAGCACUCCUGGGGUGACGGUGUUGCAGUCCUACGAUAUUUCAAUGAGAUCUAUGACGAUAGCUCAAAGGCCCCGUGCCCGCAGCCCCAAACCCACCCAAAGGCCCCGAGAAAGCUGGAGUUUAAGAUUUCCAAUGAAGUCAGAGCGAUCAUUGACAAGGCGGAGAAGGACUUCGAUAACACUCGCUCCUCAGUCGCUACUCACCUGCUGGAAGUCCCAGGUUUCACCUCAUCGUACAUCUCGCAGAAAGGUCUGGGGCUAGACGGGACUCUACAGAUGUCGUUUCAGCUCGCCUACUUCAGGCUCUUCGGACAUUCCGCCUCAACGUACGAGAGCGCAAACCAAUCUGCGUUCAAGCACGGGAGGACGGAAACUAUCCGCUCGGCCACUCCCGAGUCUGAUGCGAUGUGCAAGACCUUUUUCUCCAAGUCUUCGACGAGGCCAGAGAAGGAAGAAGCUCUCCGCAAGGCUGUCAAGCAGCAUGGCGUCAUCACCCGCAACGCUCUUAUGGGAAAAGGGUGGGACAGACACAUGUUCGCCCUGAAGCACGAGGCCCUCAAGAGCGGUUUGAAAACUCCCGCCAUCUUCCAAGAUGAGGCAUACACCCGCCUGUCGGAGAUCAUCCUCUCCACCUCCACCUUGACGUCUCCCAACAUCCAAGGAGGAGGGUUCGGACCCGUCGGGCCCAAGUGCUACGGGAUUGGGUGA